AUGGCUACCACUGGAACCAGCGCACCUCCCGGCGAUAAGCCCGCCGACCCCUACACCCAGUCCAACAAGGACGAAACUGAUCUCAACACGUUGGUUACGGAUCUUGUUGAUUUCAUCACAAAAUGCAAAUUUGGCAUGUUGACAACCAUUGAGGCUUCGUCUCAAAACAACUUAGUCUCGCGCUGCAUGGGCUUGGCUGGAACAGAAUCCGGAGGCAUCGACCUUCUCUUCCACACAAAUACUGAGUCUGGCAAGACCAACGACCUAUCCAACGAUCCCCACGUGAACGUGUCCUUCAUCAACAGCUCUGGCGAGUGGGCUUCCAUCGCGGGCCAGGCGAGUGUUAUUACGGAUCGCGAUCUGGUCAAGAAGACCUAUAGCAGCGGAUUAAAGGCCUGGCUGGGCGAUCUUGGCGAUGGAGUCCACGAUGGCUCAGAGAAUGACCCGCGUAUUGGAAUUAUUCGUGUCAAGACCACCACUGUGACGUACUCACUGGUGUCUGGGAAUUUCAUCAGCCGUGCUGCUGAAGUUGCGCAAGGAGUUAUCACUGGAAAGCCUGCUCAAGUGAGCAAGCUACGAGAGAUUUCAGCCGAGGACGUGGGUAACUGGCGUGCUUCAAACAAAUAG